UCCAUUGGAUGUUGCCAAAGGCCAGCCGGGAUGCCAUAACCAGGACUGCAAGACGAUAAGCGGAAUGGGUAAAUUGUGCAGGCCACAACACCCGCAAGUGUUAAGCUGCGGAAAGGAAACCGAAACCGAUGCCAAAACCGAAAACGAUAAAGAAACCAAAGCCUCAACUAAAUCCAAAACCAAAACCGAAAACCUAGGCUCCCAAUGCCUGGAAAGCGCAUUAAAAAUGGCUCAGACUGUCCGACGUCAGACGUCAGAGAGCCGGGAUAUUUGGAUAUUUGGAGGCCUGAAUGUUCGAGGUCUCCCCCAUGUUUGUCCGCCAGUUGGCCAUAUCGGAGAUGGCGAGUGUGGCAACUUUUUGGACGCCCCAGUACCCCAAGUGCACAGGAAAAAGAUUGGGUGGAUGUCUAGUUUAACCAUUUAAACACUGGCUUUAACUCAUAGAAAUUCUGUGUGCCUAAA